GGGGUCACCGUCAGCUUCAUUCGCAAGGACUAAACAUGGCGGCGACAGCAGCAGGCAAGAAGGUGUUUGAAGUAUUUGUGUCAAAAGUACCAUGGACCAUCGCAACGAAGGAAGUUAAAGAAUACUUUGGGCAGUUUGGCCAGGUGAAGAAGUGUCUACUGCCAUUUGAUAAAGAAACAGGUUUUCAUAGAGGGUUUUGCUGGAUAGGGUUUACUACUGAGGAAGGACUGCAGAAUGCAUUACAAAAGGAUCCUCACAUCAUUGAAGGAGCAAAGCUCCAAGUGCAAAAAAACAGAAAGCCGUUUUCUGGAAAAAAAUCAAACAAAGAAGCAGAAGAUAUCUGAAGAGGACAUCAAAAAUGAUCUGAUUUCAAGAAUCAAGUGUCCUCAGUACAGAAUUGUAUUUAUUGUGGAUGUCUCCUCACUGGGCACACUUGUUUUUCAGAAGCCUAAUGAGUUUUAAUUAUUGUAUUGUCUAGUGUUUGUUUUGUUUUGUUUUCUUUUUAUUUAGUUUUUUAGUUUUUUAUCAAACUUUUAAUGAAAUGUGAAU